UGCAGCAGGUUCCCGUGAUGUCACAACCUUGCUCAACACAUGGCAGGCAGAAUGUGCAAGAGUGCUUAUUGAUAUAGUUGUCAGUUUAGCAACUCAUUCCUUCAGAAUCUAAACCACAAAGCGACGUGAUAAGGGCACUGUUUUGAGCAAUCAUGGAGUACAUGACAGACAACCAAGAGAAGUCCCUAAACACUAUACUUUGCUGUCAGUGUGGAACCCCAAUAGAGCCAAACCCAACAAAUACAUGUGUAGCAUGUCUCCGAGGACAGAUUGACAUCACAGAGGGAAUCCCCAAACAGGCAGUGCUCUAUUUCUGUCGUAAAUGUGAAAGGUAUCUGCAGCCUCCAGCCACAUGGAUAUCUGCCCAGCUGGAGUCCAGGGAGCUUCUGUCAGUGUGUCUCAAGAGGCUUAAAGGACUGGCAAAGGUCAACCUGGUUGAUGCGGGAUUCAUCUGGACGGAACCCCAUUCACAGAGAGUCAAAGUCAAACUCUCUGUACAGAAAGAGGUGAUGAAUGGUGCAGUGUUGCAGCAGGUGUUUGUGGUGGAGUUUGUUGUUAACAGUCAGAUCUGUGAAGAUUGUCAGCGUGUGGAGGCCAAAGACUACUGGAAGGCAGUGGUUCAAGUUAGACAGAAGACUGAUCACAAGAAGACCUUCUUUUACCUGGAGCAGCUGAUCCUGAAGCACAAGGCCCACUCCAACACUGUCAACAUCAAGCCAAUAUAUGGUGGUUUGGACUUCUUCUAUGCCAGUCAACAGGAUGCCAGGAAGCUGACAGACUUUCUUUCAACAUAUGUGCCUUGCAAGUGUCAGCUGGCCAAGGAGCUCGUGUCACAUGACCCACACAACAACACAUACAACUACAAGUACACCUUCUCUGUGGAGAUUGUUCCUCUCUGCAAGGACAACAUUGUGUGUCUCCCAAAGAAGGUGGCCCAGUCACUGGGCAACAUCAACCGCCUGUGCCUCGUCUACAAGGUGACACAGACCAUUCACCUCAUAGACCCCAACACUCUGCAAGUGGCUGAACUGAGUGGCACAGUGUUCUGGAGAACACCUUUCCGGAUUCUGUGUGGCCCAAAACAGCUCAUUGAGUACAUGGUGAUGCAGGUCGACUACAUCCCUGACAAGGACAGACCUCACAGAGUCCCAGCCUCUAACAAGCAUGUGUUGGCUGAUCUCUGGGUAGCCAGGAUGAGCGACCUCGGGGUCAAUGACCAGCAGUUCCACUGCCGCACCCAUCUUGGCCACCUUCUGAAUGUUGGGGACUCUGUCAUGGGGUUUGACUUUACAAAUGCCAAUCUGAAUCACAAGGAAUUUGAUCAGAUCAGUUCGGAGAAAACCCCUGAUGUGAUCGUGGUUAAGAAGGUGUUUGACUCUUCAAAGAGAAUCAGGAAGAGGAAGUGGAAACUAAAGCACCUGAGUGACAAUGCUGCCAUGGAAACAGCAAGCACAGAAAGGGACUACAAUGAGUUCCUUGAAGAUCUGGAGGAAGAUCCCUCUGUCAGACAAAAUGUCAACAUUUACCUAGACCGGAACAAGCUGGCUGUUGACACGGACGACACGGAUGAUGAGGGUGUGCCGCAGAUCUCACUGCAGGAGAUGCUCGAGGAUCUCCACAUUGCUGAGGAUGCAACCGGGGAAGAUGGGGCAGACAUGAUGGAAUAAAUCUGUCAGUGAUGCAGUGUGGCGAGGAGAGAAACUGUCUAUUGAUUAUGGCACAUAACAAAACCUACCAUGACUUAUAGGAUUCAUUUGAUUGAAAUUUUUGGAUAUUUUGUUUUCAAGUUAAGGGAAGAAAUUUUGAAUAUUGGAAAACAACAACAAUUAUCCUCAAUUGUAAAUAUGCAUGUAUUGACAUUUGUUAUAUUUGUUGUUGGGAUGUUUUAAUCUCAGUUAUUUUUUAUGCUCUUCCAAACAUUUGUCAUGAAAUGUAAUAAUUUAUCCUGAUCACUGCUUAUUAAGUGCCAGUAGUGAAUAAAAACAACAACCCAAAUGAACUAACUUUCUCAUUAUUCCCUUGACAUGCUUGCAAAGACUUGGGGCUUACACUUUUCAUUCACUCAGAGAUGUAUCUAUGGGGCGGUGGGAUAGCCUAGUGGUUAAAGCAAUUGCUCGUCACGCUGAAGACCGGGUUUGAUUCACCACAUGGGUACAGUGUUUGAAGCCCAUUCCAGGUGUCCCCCGCUGUGAUAUUGCUGGAAUAUUGCUAAAAGCGGCGUAAAACUGAACUCAGAAAUGUAUGACCCACAAUUCCUGGUAACUUGUUAGAUAUUCUCUAAUUAUUUCACACAAGGGUGGUGACAGGGCUCCUUAUUAGACCUUCUUUUCCAACCACAUCAAUUGCUGACAGUGGUGUUUAUAUUGGUUUUCAGUGUUUUGUGCAUUUGUACAUAUGUGAACUGAAUACUAUGUACAGCUAUGUCUUGAUAACAAUAAAAUACUGUUCUAACCA